CCAACGCGGAAGUGAUAACAGACUGAAGCCCCCUGUAAACCAUGGACCUAGCUGUAAACUUGUGUUGGUCAUCGUUGUUACUAAAGUGAACACUAGUGAAAUAGUUAGCACACUUGUUCUUUAAGACAGCAGAAAACGUUGGAGACUUUGUGAUCACCUCCUUGCAGAUAUCGUUUGAAACAGUUAAGAAUCUGCCACUAGAGAUAUGACUCUACAGUGGAAAGCCGUGGCCGUGUUCCUUUAUGGGGAGAUUGGCAUUGUUAUCCUGCUAUGUUUGCCCUUUAUUUCUGCUACAAGAUGGCAGAGCAUAUUCAAGCUGAACAUUUGGAACAGUGUGGCGAGGUUCUGGAACAAGGGGUUUCUGGCCAUGAUCAUCUUUCUUAUUGUUCUCUUCCUUGACGCCGUGCGAGAAGUUAGGAAGUACUCCAACAUGGAGCCUGGCAGAGAUCCAAAGGUUGGCGCGGUCCGGUAUGACCACGUGUACAUGAAGCUCUUUGGAGCCCAGCGGAACCUUUACAUCUCUGGCUUCUCGCUCUUCCUCUGGCUGGUGGUGAGGCGAAUGGUCACCCUAAUAAACCAGCUGGCCACAUUGCACCUCACCUCCGCCGCCCUCCAGAUACAGGCCGACAGCAAUAACCAGGCAGUCAUAAAGAACAUGGAGAACAAUGAGCUUCUAAAACAAACCCUGACUGAAGGGAAGGGGGAUAAGUCUACCACAGAGGGCAGGGAGCAGUUGAAGAAAGAGGUGGAGAUGCUUAAAGAAGAAUUAAAGACCUCAGGCGAAGCGCUGAAGGAGUCCCAGUCAGAUGCCGAGGCGGUGAAGAGACAGUCAGACGGAUUGGCCAGAGAGUAUGAUAGCCUUCUGAAUAAGCACCAACUGCUACAGAACACUGAGGACAGUGAAGACAAAAAGGACAACUAGUUUUGAUGGACACUGGCUUCAAUGCAAACGUUACAACAAUAUGACCAACGAACCAUAUGAUCCAACACACGACGUCUUGGGUCAAGAGAAUCAAAAAUCCAACCAUUAUCAUCUUGGACGCAGAGCUACCGUGCAUGAUAUUGUUUUCCCUGGCAUAAGAUAACAAUUGAGCGGAACGAUUGCAUUCUGUGAUGCGAUGGCUCUUGCUGUUAUGAAGUACAAUUAGUAUAAUGCUGGGAUAAGGGCGAGCCUGGCCUGUUAGGCAGUGUUCACACUGAUACAUCCAAAUAAAUCUGAGAGUUUCUUGGACCAUUUAACCAAGGUCUGAUGCUAGAGCACUUGUGACGAGAUACGGUGUCUCAUUCUAUUUAUUUUUGUCAUAUAACCUUUAUAUAUUGGCAUCAUAGUUCACAAGGCUUGAUUUACUAUAAAAAAGGCCAGGGCCUAGUUUCCCGAUAACGAUGGAUCUUCGCUCGUACGAUCAUUCUCACGAUGGAUCUUGCGAACCAUCGUGAAUUUCUUUGGACCGUUUCCCGAAACUCCUAACAUGAACGCGCGUUCACUGCACUCACAACGUUCGUAGGUUUGUAACUGUUACACAGUGCUGAAAUGGGCUCCGUACUGAGGGAGACGCAGGAAUGUCGCAGAAAAUGGGGUUAAAAAGCGUUAAAAUAUCUCCCCAUCAAGGCCAACAGCAGAAUAGCCUACGAAAAGAAUAGACUGCAAUCAUUUGAAUGCUAAAGAUAUUAAAACACAAUUGAUUAGGCCUAGGCCGACAUAUGUAUUGGUCCUAAUCCUGAAUGCACUGUGCGUACAUUUUUUCACGGCAUUUUCCCCGCUUCCAUAAUACAAAAAUCAAAAAUAGCUUGUGUGACAACUAGGUGUUGAUUUCUGAAACAUGCUUUGCGCAGCAAAGAGAGUCGACUUUAUCUGAUUCCGCAUAACGUUUCAUUGAUUGGCGCGCACUCUCUCGUUACAUUUAAAAUGCAACGUUCCAUUCAUUCAUUUGCAUUCAAACGCAGAGGCUAGGCAUUGACACACAGCUAUUGCUGUCCCGAUUAGGAGAGCUUGGUCUAGAUCCUGCCCAUAUUGUUGGGCAGGAAGUAGGCUAUAGUUCUUUUUACGCUGCCAAGCCGGUUCGGUCGCAACUUGGCACGCCCGGCGAUUUCACCUUCUUAUCUCAAGUUUCCUGUGUAAAACCGAGGGGGUCAACCCCCCAGCGUCACGACGCAGGCUUUCUUGGUUCACUGGAGAAGGCAGGGCUGCGCACGGAGUCCAGACCUCUUUAGAAUAAUUUGUAUUAUUGCAUACUCCCGAAUGUUAAACAUUUUUUAUGAAUGCAAUAAUGAGUUCACGACUGAGUGUAGACUACAACUUACUUCAUCUCAGCCUCACCGAAGCGCCUGCAGUGUUUAAUGCAAACAAUCGCAACAAAAAACGCCUGCAGAAAUUAUCCGACACCCGCUGGUCUCCUAGUAGCCUAAGUCUUCUGUCAUUGAUCAAUAUGAAGACAUUUUAACCACGAUGGUUGAAUUAAAAUCAGAGGGAGACAGCAAGUGCAGCUCGAAAGCGACCUCCCACACAAGAGAGAUGGAAUCAUUUGAUUUUAUUAUAUGCCAUGUGAUGUGGCGUUUGAUCGUUACAUUUCGACUGUGCAUGUAUUUUUGGAAUUUAAAAUUGCUGCAAUAAAUUAUGUUGUUGUUGACAACAUGUCUCUAUCUUUGCUGUUUAAAUCUAACAGUAGUCUAUGAGUAAUAUAUCGGCGGUAACCACUGUUUUUGGUUGCGAAAUUGUGCCAGCUGGGCAUUCCGUGGUAUUGGAUGUGUUUUAAUAAAACAUAUCCAAUACACGGAAUGUCCGCUGGUGACGCCACUGAGGCUAUAGUAGUCUAACGAUGCUCUUAGCAUCCUACGAGUACCCCUGGAGUCCUCGUUAGGUACGAGCGUUUUCACGACGUUCGUUACCAAAUAUGCUUUCGGGAAACGGUGUGAAAACUGUACGAUGCUCGUACGACGCACUUCACGAUCCACUUAGGCUAACGAUGCUUUCGGGAACUGGGCCGAGGGCUGAAGUUUUAUGUUAUUGAAGCAAUUCUUUUGCUACUUAAUUAUCUUUGGCGAAAACCUGUUGCGUUUAUCCAUGUUAACCCACUGUGAACUAUGCAAUGGCAAUUCUUUUUACCUGAUUUUCCACGGCUUGAAAAAGUCUUACUAUGAUGUAUUUUGUAUCCAAUGUAUUUUUUUAUCCCAAAUUCAACAUGCUGUAUUUGAAAAUGUAUAUUUUUAUUUAAUUCUUAUUUUAUAUAUAUAUAUAUUAAAUAGAAUGAGACAUUUCAGACAUUGUGUUUUUAUUAAUAUUCAUAGCCUCCCUCUAGUUUUCAGUAUUGUAAAAAAUGACAUCAUAUUGAAAGAAAUAUGAGCACUGCCUUUGAAGUUAGAAAAAAGUUAAGCAAUUUGUUACACAUAACGAUUGUGAAUAAAUUUAAUAUCACAUGAGUCAGUGGCUGUAUGAGUGAAAUGAUCUCUCUGACUAUCUCUGUCAGACCAUUGAUGAAAGGGCAUAGGUUUUAUAUUUUGCUUUUUCUCCCCUCGCCCCUUUUUAAUCAUUUAAUUAACAGAUUGAGAUUUAAUUAGCUAAUUACCGAUUGAUCAUCGUCCUUUUGUAUAUUCAGUUGUGACACUGCGUCUGGACUACAUU